ACAACCCUUAUCUCCCUCUCUCUCUCUCGCCAAAUUUAGCUUUCAAGUUUGCAACUUUUCAUUCUUCUUUAGUCAUUCAAAUCCACCCCACAAUUUUUAUUUUUAUUUUUUUAAUUUUUUGGGGAGAAAAUGCAAGUAUCAGCAUGCAAUUUGUGGUCUCUGGGAGUGCCAACUCACACAAGCAGUGCUCUGAGACGCCGUGAGCUUUGUUUUGAUGGCAUGUCUUCUGUCUGUUCUCACUCCCAACACUCACCAAACGACGCCGUUCCUCCCAAACUCAUCUCCAUUUCAAGGAUUGUUCAAGAGCAAGCUCAGGAUUCUGGUGCAGUGCUGAGGAACAUUAUUCUGUCCCCAACACGACGUGUGUUAAUGGCGAGUUUGACUAUGUAUUCCUGUUUCUGUUCUUCAAGGUACUUGUCAGCCCUAGCAUUGGGAGAUCCAUCAGUUACACUUCAAGAAGUAACCCCACCUAUGUUUUCUUCUGGGCCCCUCUUUCCCACAGAGGAUCGAAUUGUCCAACUAUUUGAAAGGAACACAUACUCUGUUGUUAACAUCUUUGAUGUGACAUUGCGUCCUCAACUUAAUGUAACUGGAGUGGUUGAGAUUCCUGAAGGAAAUGGUUCUGGAGUAGUUUGGGAUGAGGACGGCCACAUUGUGACAAAUUAUCAUGUGAUUGGCAAUGCCCUUUCAAGAAACCCAAGCUCUGGUCAGGUUGUUGCACGAGUUAAUAUCCUAGCAUCAGAAGGGGUACAAAAGAAUUUUGAAGGUACACUUAUUGGAGCUGACCGUUUAAAGGAUCUUGCUGUCUUGAAGGUAGAAGCCCCUGAAGAUAUUUUAAGGCCUAUCAAGGUGGGGCAGUCAUCGUCUCUAAAAGUUGGGCAGCAAUGUUUGGCAAUUGGAAAUCCAUUUGGCUUUGAUCACACUCUCACAGUUGGGGUUAUUAGCGGCCUUAAUCGAGACAUUUUUAGUCAAACUGGUGUCACAAUUGGUGGUGGUAUUCAAACUGAUGCAGCCAUAAAUCCUGGGAACAGUGGAGGUCCUCUUCUGGAUUCAAAAGGAGGCUUAAUUGGGAUUAACACUGCAAUAUUCACUCAGACAGGAACAUCAGCUGGUGUAGGAUUUGCCAUCCCAUCUUCAACUGUACUUCGAAUUGUUCCUCAGUUGAUUCAAUUUGGCAAAGUUGUUAGAGGUGGUUUGAAUGUGGAUAUUGCUCCAGACUUAAUUGCAAAUCAACUCAAUGUUCGAAACGGAGCUCUUGUUCUUAAGGUUCCUGCAAAUAGUCUUGCUGCAAAAGUUGGGCUAAAUCCCACUACAAGAGGCUUUGCUGGUAAUAUAGUCCUUGGAGAUAUCAUUGUUGCAGUUGACAACAAACCUGUCAAGAGCAAAGCUGAAUUGUUGAAAGCAUUGGAUGAGUAUAAUGUAGGAGAUAAAGUAAUGUUGCUGAUUCAGAGAGGCAGUGAAAAGUUGGAUCUGCCUGUAGUACUUGAGGAACAGAGAUCUUGAGAGGGUCUAUAUGCAUUGGUAUAUUAUAGGAUUUAAUGUUUCUAAUAUUAUAAGAGAUAAUUUCAUCUCGUACACACUUUUACAUAUAAAAGUAUGAGGUAGGAUAUACUUAUCACAAAAAAUGUUUACCACAUUUACGACCAACUUAAUCACCGUUGAUUUCCGUCAAUCUAACGGUUAUAAUUUAUUGAGUUUAUUAGGAAUUAAUAAUUAAUUAAUAAGUGCGACCCAAUAAUUCUCAAUAAAUUAUAACUGUUAGAUUGACGGAAAUAAACGGUGAUUAAGUUGGUUGUAAGGAUGGUAAGUUUUUGUGAUGGUAAGUAUAAAAGUAUAUGGGAACCAUGUUUUAUCUUUCUCUCUCUCUUACCGCACAUUUUUAGGAAUAUUUUUUUCCCUAAAAAUGGA